AUGGCUCAUCAAGUGAAUGAUCUUUCCGACGAUGAUAUCGUUCAUCUUUGCCCCAAUCCUGGUGCAGAAAAAUGUGGACGGCUAUUAGAAAAGAUACUGGGCGACAUCAUAGUCAAAUAUGGGUGGAGCGUCACUGGCGAUGAGGCCGCAAACCAGGUAUACGCUUAUCAUCAAUCACUAGGAACCAACAUUCGGGUCCCGAAAGUGUAUCGAUAUUUCCAAAGGUCAGGGAUAGGUUACCUACUGAUGGAGUUCAUUGAUGGCAUACCGCUGGGCAACUUCGCACCGUUCGAUGAACCUGUCCGAGAUUUAGCGGAGGCAUUUUACGACUUCACCACCAAAGCUAAGGCGGACUUUCCUGGGCCCCGGGGCCGUGGAAUCCCUCGAGGAUAUCUUUUCUCCGAGGACGGGGCUGGUGAACCGCUAGACAGCAUGGACAAGCUGAAUCUAUGGCUCGACAGACGCGCACGACUCACUGGGUCUGAAAAAAGGUUUCAAUUUCAGCUUGACGACUGCGUAUUUUGCCAUUUGGAUCUCAGUUACCGGAAUAUUAUUAAAGUCGACGAGUCGUUUUGUCUCUUGGAUUGGGAGUUCGCAGGUUUUUACCCAAGGGUCUUUGAAAGAUACUGUAUCCUCUUUCUCGGACAAGAGGAAGAUUAUACGUAUGCUAAGAUUCUUGCGGAUUCAUUGGACUUGGUUUAUCGAAAAUAUGGGCUGAAUACUGAUGACCAAGAUUUGAUUGGCCUUCUGAAUCGUGUUUAUCAAAACAAUUUGAAGUACGAUUUUGGUAGCGCAUUCCAGAUCGACUGGAAAGCCGUAGAAGACUUUAAUAUUUGUUUAAAGAAAGCGAUGGUACCAACCGAAGGCCAGUCUUAA